GAGUUGAGUUAAUCAAUGGCUGCCGUUGGAAUUUGGUCGCAAGCCGGUGCUUCGACGUAUCCAGAGCAAUUACCGGGAGAGUUUUUGCUGGAUUAUGGUUGUACGUCGUCCCUGCCGAAGCUGCACGGCGAAGAUGGAGGAGGAGGCCCCACCGAGGGAGGCGGCGUGGGAGGCGCGCAGAUGCUGUCCAUGCCUCCCCUGUGCAACUUCGAGCCCAUCCCUCACGACCACGACUACUGCGAGCGGGUCGUGAUCAACGUGAGCGGGCUCCGGUUCGAGACGCAGCUCCGGACGCUGAACCAGUUCCCGGACACCCUGCUGGGGGACCCGGCUCGGCGUAUCCGCUACUUCGACCCGCUGCGGAACGAGUACUUCUUCGACCGGAACCGGCCCUCCUUCGACGCCAUCCUGUACUACUACCAGAGCGGGGGCCGGCUGCGGCGGCCCGUCAAUGUGCCGCUAGACGUCUUCGCUGAGGAGAUCAAGUUCUACGAGCUGGGCGAGAUGGCCUUCAACAAGUUCCGCGAGGACGAGGGGUUCAUCAAAGAGGAGGAGAGACCCUUGCCCAAGCACGAGCUGCAACGCAAGCUCUGGCUUCUAUUCGAGUACCCCGAGAGCUCACAAGGGGCUCGUGUGAUCGCCAUCGUGUCAGUGGUCGUCAUCCUGCUGUCGAUCUUCAUCUUCUGCUUGGAGACGCUGCCCGAAUUCAAGCACUACCGCCUCUUCAACACCACCAACAACAUGACGCGCGUUAUAGAAGACGAGGUGCCUCGCACCACGGACCCCUUCUUCAUCAUCGAGACGUGCUGCAUCAUCUGGUUUACAUUCGAGCUGCUCGUCCGUUUUCUGGCGUGUCCCUCCAAAAUGGCCUUCUGCAGGGACGCCAUGAACAGCAUCGACUUGAUGGCCAUCAUCCCGUAUUUCAUUACGCUGGCCACUGUCGUGAGUGGUCAGCGUCCGCAGGAAAGGCCCAUCAAUGAGAGGGGCAACAACCAGGCCAUGUCACUGGCCAUCCUCAGGGUUAUCCGUCUGGUGCGUGUGUUCCGGAUCUUCAAACUGUCCCGCCACUCCAAGGGCCUUCAGAUCCUGGGCCGGACUCUCAAGGCGAGCAUGCGGGAGCUCGGCCUGCUCAUCUUCUUCCUCUUCAUCGGCGUCAUCCUCUUUUCGAGCGCCGUCUACUAUGCGGAGGCGGACUCGGAACGGUCUUUCUUCAAAAGCAUCCCCGACGCGUUCUGGUGGGCCGUGGUCACCAUGACAACCGUCGGCUAUGGGGACAUGCGACCCGUCGGGGUGUGGGGCAAAUUGGUGGGCUCGCUGUGCGCUAUCGCCGGCGUGCUCACCAUCGCCCUACCUGUGCCCGUCAUAGUCUCCAACUUCAACUACUUCUACCACCGUGAGACGGACCAGGAGGAAAUGCAGUCGCAAAAUUUCAAUCAUGUCACCAGCUGUCCGUACUUGCCCGGUACGGUGGGCGCCAAGCUCAAGAGGGACUCUGUCAGUGAGUCCGCCUCGGACAUCAUGGAACUGGAGGAAGGCAUGCUGCUCAGUGUCGAGAACACCCACAUGCUCGGCAACUACCACCACCAGCAGCAGCAGCAGCUGCAGAAGAAGCCCAACUGCAACCCCCUCCACAACAACAAUAUUAAUGCCGUCUCGAUUGAAACCGAUGUUUGAAGUAGUGCUUGGUUGGUAGCUGCGCAAUAUGUCCUCCUACAGAGCAGCCUUUAUAUACACGUAUCCUUUUUCUCUUGUAUCUCUACUAUCGUCUCCUCUUUCAGAUCUUCAACAGCCUGGCUUCCAGUUACAAAGAACCAUAUUGGUUUCCCCGACUGGAUACAAGAGAAGUUGUGAACCAAAGGUCUUUCAAGUUUAAUAAAUUAAUUCUAUUAAUUGAAAUAAGACAAUGAAGCAGACCCUCGCCAAGAAAAAUGGAGAAGCCAAGUUUUUUCGCCCAAAAUUUUCAUCCAUCGCUGAACGAAGGAAGCCAACGAUAUAUAAAGACUGUUGAAAACGGAUGUUCAUUUGAAGUUAGGCCAAACACGAGCCCCUCUUCAAGACUACAGUAUUUUUCCUUUUUACUGCAUCAAACGAAUCAAUCAGUCGGUUCGAUAACGUCUUAAUUAACAAAUGAAAACUUAUUUACCUUUUUAUCAAUGAACUGUGAUGGUGUGUUCUGCAUAAGGCAAUAUAUUUACCUUAUUCAUUUUGUGUUUGAUCUAUAUGUACUUAUUUUUUUUCCGUUGAUCAUUCAUUGUUGUUAUUGUUGAAGUCAUGGCGAGUUAUGUUUUUCCAAAUACAAGAUUGAUGAGAUUACUUUUCAUCAAUAUUUUUAUUCUGAUUCACCAUUUUUGAUCGAAUGAAGAAAUGUUCCCCAAAUUCUUUUUCUUUAAGAACAUCACAAGAAAUGACUUCAAAUCAUUCAUUGUAUUUAUUAUCAAGUAUGUUUUUUUUCUUCUAUAUUUAUUUAUUGAUUUCUUUUUCGCCGUGAGAGUCGUGUCGCGUCUCUAGGCGCCUCCAGCCACCCAAGAUGGCGUCUGAUGUUUAAAUAAAUUUCAAUAAAAGCCAGUGGUUGCCUUUCCCAAACCAUGUAUGCAGAAUAUCGUAUGCCUUCCAUUUUACUUAACACUAGUUAUUCAUACUGAUGUUUCUGUAGAGUUAAGUCCUUGACAUCUAUGAAUCUCAUACGUAGAUACCAUUAAUGCAAAGUUAAAUGAUUAUUAAUUAAUUACAAUUAUCAAAUAACUUAAUUGCUCUGCAUUGCUGACCAUAAAAAUUGUUAAAUGUUGAAUGAUAUGGUCUGAACUAGAAAAAUUACCAACCAGUCAUUCAAUUGAGACUCUUUUUUAAAAGAAAAAGACACUAAUCAUGUAUAAUUAAUAUAUCUAUUUGAAUACAUAUGUAAGAAUAGUAACCCUUUGAGAAUUUAGAUCUUUAUUAAGUCUUAAAUCCAAUUUCAAAAUUAAAAGAGGAAAGUGUUUAAAGAAUGUUAUUUAAUCUUGCCUCUUUUCUCUUCAGCUCCCCCUACCCCACAUCAAAUAACGUUUUAGAACAAUUUUUCGAAUUAUCUAAUGUCCCCGCCUUUUCUAAGAAAUGAACUUCGAAGGCCCCGUAACAGGCAAUUGUCAGCAUUCAUUUCAAAACAAUCUUUGUUACGAGUGUGUACAUAAUUUUCAAGUAUUUUUGUUUGUAAAAGAAAUGAAUUUGAAGUCAGUGUUCAAGACCAGAAACUGGUACAAAAUAGGGCGAUGAGGUAAGGAGAAAUGUUAUAAAUCGUUUGUUGUUGUUGACUUCUUUCUCUAAUGAAACUGAGAAAAUAUUUUUCAAAAUGGUUACUUUGAAAGAAAAAUUCUAUAUUUCACAAAAAAGUGCUCUUAUUUGAUCGAAGAGAUUGGUUGCUGAAAAACCACUAGUCUUUCAGAAUCCGACGUGCACGAAGAAGUAAAUAUGUUGUCAAAAAAGGAACGUUUCUUUUAUUUUUAAAAAAAAAAUUUAAAGGACUUUACUCCAAGUCCUUCUUUUCAUGUUUUUGUAUACAGAUUUCACAUUCUCUUAGAAUGUAAUUAAUUCUACGCAUGACAUAAAAAAUACGCAAUAAAUGUAUCUGAACAGCAGUACCGAACAUAAUAAAAAAAAUCAAUAAUAAUUGAUGUAAUCAAAUGGCAGAUGUUUUAUAAAAAUCGUUCGUUAAUAUUUAGAUUUUAGGAAAAGACAAAGCUGUUGCCAUUUACUGUAGAUCAACUUUAUCAAGGGUAAAUAGUAUGAGAAUUCAUUCUCUGGUUUCAGUGAAAUCGCUUGCUUGCAAGGAAGUGUAGAAAAAUAUGAUAAUAGUUCCAGGUUUUAUAACUCUAUACUAUUGAAUAUAAGCCCAUAAAGAUUUAGUAAUUUAUUAUGAUGUCAUUAAAUGUACAUAAUACAUUUCUAAUUUAAUGAAUUGACUCUUACUAUGAAAUAAAAAAUCUAAAAAUUCCUAAUAUUUCAAAAUUUCUUCUAGAAUGUUCUUAGCGAUAGACAUUUCUCAUUAUCCGAAUGAAUUUCAAAACUAUUUAAUAUAUGUUCAGUGUUAUAACUGGUGAACCUACUUUUCAUUUUUUUCUUAUGAAACCAAGUUCUGAUAUAGAAAAAUUUAAAGUUCUUUUUGUUCUUUUUUUAAAUGCUGAUAAAAUGAUUAGAAUAUAAAAUUGUUCCAUUUGUCGAUGGAUAAAUAUUAUUAUUUUAUUAGACAGAUAUACCUGAUACUGUAUACGAAAUUAUUUUUAAAUACAUUUAAAUGAAAUAAUCAAUUUAUUCUAAAUAUAUUUCAUUUUUCCCUCGGAAUGAUGGCAACAUCGAGUGUGUUUGCCCUUGAAAUUGACAAUUUACCAUGGACGUUCUUAGUCCAGGUAUGGUUGCUGGUUCUCUUGGGUAGACUAAUAUAUAUCUAGAUAUGUUGAAGUGAUAAAGAUGUUCUAAAGAGUUGUUUAGAUAUUAUGUGUCUAUAUUAAAGAUAUUCUGUAUUCUAGUUAAUGUUAUAACUGUCACAAUGAAUUUUUUACUGGUUCGGGACUGUCUGCUGUGUAUUUGAGUACUUAACUUGAAUUGUCACAUAUUUUCUUUGUGUUUCAUUAAAUUUAAUAUUCAAGUGUUAUUAUCAGCAUGUACAGUACACGUUCUUUUGAAGGUGUAAAAUAGUGCUUUGGUAUUUACCAGUAAGGCCUGAAGUACUUUAACAGGAACGCACAUUUCGUAGGUCAAAGGAUCUGCUACAAAAAAAAAAGCGUUAAACGCACUUCUCAGUUUCUGUACCGGUUCAGUAAGUACUUCAUUUUAUAAAUAAUUCAAAUCCAAAAUAAAAAUAAUAAUUAAAAAAUUCCCUUGCACUUGCUGCUGCCAUAAUAUGGCUCACUUUUUCAGAGUAAAAUAGAUAGUAAUAAAUUCAUUAAAGAACAUUUAGAGUAAUAUUGAAAGUAUAUUUCUGAUUUACUUAACAUUCCAGUAAUGUUUCAAAGGCGUUAAAGUAUUUCAGAAACAGAAAUUAGAAUUAGAAUAGAUUAAACUCAAUUAGCUAUAAAAGUAUCAAAGGGUCAAAGUAUUUUAAUAAACUGUUAAUGACUGAGUUGAACAUUUUUUGAAAACAAAGUAAGAAUUUGAAAUGAUUUUCUUUUACUCUGAAAUCAGAAUUUCUUUAUCUAAAGUUUUUUAAUCCGGUUGACUUAUCUGUACAUUUCAUUAGAUAAAGGGUACAUUCCCGCUAUAAGAGUUGGUGCCAAGGAAUAAAAUAUCUUUUUUGAAUCUAAAACUUAUUUUAUUCCAUGAAUAUGAUUUUAAAAAUCAGCAUUUGAAUUAACAUUGUUUAAUUCAUUCCUUUUCUCAAAUUUUAAUAUUCAAAUAAAUAAAUUAUUUUAAUAAAAUUAUUGUUAAAUUUCAAAGCAUCAGAACCUUCUUCUUAAGAAGUGGGUUUUUUUACACUUUUAUUAAGAGUAUUGACAUAUUAUUUUACUUUAAAAAAUGGUUAAUUAUUUAUUUAAAAUGAAAUGCAAACUGGAGAUACCUCUGUGGAGAAAAUAAAUCAUUCGCAGCGGAUUUCACAACAUUCCUGCUAAACAUUUCCAUUUCAGCGAAGCUUUUAUUUUAUAGAACUUUCUAUAUUUUCAUCACAUUUACAUGAAGAAAUGAGACUUUUAGGUUAGAUUACAUCCUGUAUCCUCUGCCAUUCCUUAGAAUUCUCAGCAACAAUCAAUACUUCGACUGACUGUAAGCCAAAAACAGUACAACGUAGGGAAAAAAAGACAUUUCCGAACCUGGCAACAGCAGCAAGUGCAAGUGAUUGUUCUUGCGGAUUUUUUACGAGAAAUUUCUUUAUCUUUCUCAGUCCCUUCCCCCUUUUUUUCUAAUGUCGAUACUUGGAUGCAGGAAAAAUCCUUUCAAGAUAGCUCAAUUCAAGCCAAUAUUAAACCUCGAGUAGAUGUAGAAAUUUACAUCUAGGAACUAGGAAUAGCUCGGUUCAUGUUCCCGGGCUGAACUUGAAUCUUUCCGAUCUUCUUUUUCUUCUAAACCUAGCUGCGACAGCUACUACAAAUAUGUAUUAAAUGAUUACAUUUCUAGUGAGUGCUAACAGAUCUGAAAGCAGCAAGGAUUCGCUUUGAAACAGAUGACCAACUAUGUAUGUAUGUUUUGCAUUCAGGGAACAAAGAGAUUGAAAUGUAAUGUUUUUGCUUAAGGAGGGUAGAAUGAGCUGAAGUUCGUAUAUCCAGAACAGUGGCGUCGCUAGUAACUCAUCAAGUACAAUGGAAACUAUUAACAUACGUUUACUCAUGGAAGCAGGAUAAAAGAACGACUAUGGGCAUGUGCCUUAGUAUGAAUAACAUGCGCAGAUUGUAGAUAUGUAAAGUUGCAAAUAUAAGAGUAAUGUAGUAUAGAUAUGUUAAACUUUUAAGAGUUUUAUUUCAUGUAUAUUUAAAAAGUCCUUGACUAUUGAUCAUGGGAAAGUUUUGGAUGUAAUCAUGAGUACUUUGGAUGCUGACGUGUGUACUUUAGCUUCUACCAUUGAAAAUGUAACUUAAAAUUUUCAUAAAAAUUCAGAAAACAUUUGAAUUUUCUAUUAUUUUUUUCUUAAUCAGUUUUGGCAAUUAAUUACCUCUAAAAUUGUUUCAAAAUUCUAUUAAAUUGUGAAUAUAUUUUAUAGCAAUUUAAAUUAACCUAUAAAGAAAUAAAUGUUAAAUCAUGUCAACCUUAUUUUUUUUAAAAUAUUUAAUGCUUGAAAUAUUUUGACAAAUAAAAUUAGCAUUUGGAGUAAAAAAAAACUGUUUUAUCUAAAAGAAUUCUUUUAAAGAACUUAAUUAAAAAUUUCUUCUUUAAAAAUUCUUAUUUAAUCUUUAUUAUCAAGACAGUGUUGGCAUUUAUUAAUAUCAAUCAUUUUGUUUCCUAAAUUGCCUCUUUAAUUAUAAAUAUGAUUUUCAACACGAAGCAAAUAUCAAAUAACUUUUUCAUUGUCUUAAUGUAUAUAAGAAUAUAAGCCUUGAUGGAAUCAGAGCCCGUAGUCAAGAAUAUGCCAAAUCCUACAUCCUACGUUAUUAUCAAAUUUAAAUUGAUACAUGCUUUUUACAUAAGAUUUCUGAAAGCCUAACGAAGUUGUUAUAAAAGGAAAUUCAUGUAAGAGAAAACGAAGAUGAUAUAUGUACUUUCUUUCCCAUUUCGGCCCUGAAAUAUGAUAAAGUGUUAUGCAGUAUUUUUAUGAUUAAACGUUCCGAUAUAUCUAUAUAGUACACUAUAUCACGAAAAUAUUGCAUGAUAUUUUUUACAAUUUAAUCCUGGUUAAUUAUCCUGUUUCCUGGUAAUUUUUUGCAAAAUUAGAUCCAAAAUAAAAUUGUUUUGUUAUAUAUAAUCUUUAUUAAAAGAUUCGUUAUUUUGUUGGAUUUAAAUUUGCAAGCAUUAAACGAUUUAAAAGAAAUAUCAAUUUUUCUAUCUAUCUCUGUUUCUGCUUAUAAUGUGAAAAAUUCAACGGCAGUUUGUAAUGUGUCAAGUGAUAUCUAUACUAGUGACGCCACUGAUGAAUGGAAUAAAUGUAAAACGGAAGAAAUGCUUUAUUUUUCCAUCUAAUAAUGAAUAUAUUAACUGUUGAAUGAUGUGUAAAUUGAAUUUUGAACUAGUGCAUUUGAUGAAAAAAUAUAUGUUGACUGAAGCCAUUGUAGAGCAAAAAUAUUUUUAGAUACAGGUUUUACUGCAUAUAUAAAUUAAAUAUCUUUCAUUAUAAGAUAAAUGGCAAGCCAAAUUAUAUUUUAAAUCAUGCAUUAAAUUAGGAAUAACAGCUUGAAUUCUGCGUAACUCUUCACUAUAAAAAAUAAUAUGAAAAGCAAAUAAUGAUUGUAAUGUUAUAUUAUUUCCAGUUACGUCAGUAUGUAUGUUUACUCUCGUUUUUGAUUAUGAAUCAGACAUUUGUGCUGAAAAUUGGUCUCUUCACUUGUUCGCAUUCAAGAAUCCGGAAUUUUGCUCACCCCAUCGUUCUCCGUUAGAAUUCCAUUUUUUUCAGCGCCAUCUUUCGUUUGAAAUUCACACUACAAAAUGUCAGGUUUUUUAGAAAGAAUUCGAUUGGGUACUUCAGUUUUCAUGAUUUUUUUAUGUCCUUGAUUGCUACUUAUUUUUUAAAAGAAAGUCAUCUUUUAAUUUUAAUUAUUGUUUGUGAAAAAAUUCGCCAUUAAUAAUUUGUUCUAAAUAUUCCAAAAAAAUUGAAUGUAAUAUUUGAAAUAUUCAUCCCAUUAUUUUUUUAUUCAUAUAAUUUUUAUUUUGUUUUCGGUUUCAGAUUGAAUCUCAUUUGCUUUUAUUUUUUGUCUGUUUUAUUUAUUCGUCAGAAUUAUUCUUUAAGCUUAGAAAUGUUUUACUAAAGCAUCGUCCUUUAAGAACAUUUUUUGGUGGAAUUUCAUAUUACUUUAUAGAGAUUACAUGCAUUUGGUUUCUACUUUUAAUUUCUCUGCAUAAAUUAUUAUUUUUCAUCUUUAAGCAGCAUUCAUAGGAAAGAAAAAAUUACCACUUUAUUAUAUUGCAUAACAAAUAAAAUUGAUUAUUGAAUCCAUCUUAAUGAUAAAAUCUGCACCAUUUUUUCAAAUUUAUUUUCAUUCUCAAUUGUUCAUAAAAAAUUACUGCAUUAAUUUACAGAACUACUUUUAUAUUUUGAGACAGAUCUUAUAACUAGGAAUUUAAUUAGUAUUUUUAUCAAUAAGUAAAUGAAACCUGUUUCUAAAGCUCUACAGUGGCUAGUGAGUGUUCUUAAAAGAUUCUACCUAUUGAUCUUUUGCAUUUAAAAAUGAUACGCUCUUGUGCAUUAUGGGUGCUAAGCGAUUUUCCUGGAAAUUAGUGCUAGCGAUCUCUGUUUGAUAUAAGAAUCAAUUUUAAAAGACAAAACCUGUAAAUAAUUGCUGUUAUUACAUAAUUGUUUAAACGAACUAUUUUGAAGUUCGACUUCAUACACAGGUCGCUUUUAUCAUUAUAAAUGUGCAAGCUUCAAUAUGAUUUGAAGGGUUAUAGAAAGAUAAGUUUAUAUUUCAAUAGAUUGUCAAAAAACUUUAUGACCGUUGAUAGUUAAUAAGAAUUCUAAAGUUUUCGAUUGUUAAUAUGAAAGCUAUAAGAUAUAUGUAUUUAGAUCGGAAAAGAAUUACAGAGCUUCUUCUGAAGUUUCUGUGGAAAAAGAAAUAGUGCCAUGGUUAGGCUGUUAAUAAAAUGGCUGAAUCGGCAGCGAUUCGGAACAGAAUGAUGCACAAUGACUGAAAAAACUUAGCAGAACUGUUCUAUGAUUCCAUUAUAAAUAUGGUAAUAUGUGUUAUUAAAAAAAGGAAAGAAAGAAUGUUCUUUUGCUGUUAGUCAAAUGGCAAAACGGUUAGUAAUUCUGAGCAGAAUAUUUUACAAUGAAGAAAGUUUAAUUUGCGUUUUAUUGUUGAUCGAUUUCCAUCUUCAAACUUGAUUGGUUAUCUUUUAUGAUUAAAGAUGAGCAAGCUCUUGCUGUUAGUUAAAUGGCAUAAAUUUUUAGCAAUUCUGUUUGGAAUAAUUUGCAAUGAUGGAAAUAAAUUGACAAUCCACUUUUAAUAAUUAUGUGGAGAAUUGCAAAUGAACGUUUAAAAUGAUUUUUAUUAACGUUGAAACAACGGAAAGCAUAUAGUCCCAAAUGAGAAUAAAUUAAAUUUAUGAAAAGGAUUCAACUUUACUUUUUUUAAAUUGGCUUUCUAUUAUAUUUAAUAAACUUUCCUACUUUCAAAUAAAGUAUGAAGCAAGAUACGUCAAAGUGAAUUUAUAAAAGUAUGUCUCUCGAGUUCCGAGUGUUAUAAAAAAAAAAAUGAAGGCUUGAAUAUUAUCUGCAGGAAAUAUUGUUGUUUCAGAUAGUUAGCUGUGUUUAAAAAGUUUUAAUGGACUUAUUUCCAUGAGUGAUCACGAAUGGGAAAAAGGCCUAAAUUAACUGUUAGAAAAUUCCUCAAUAUUAUAAAAACCUGAAAUGCACAUCAAUUAAGCUUAAGUUAUUUUUACACUUCAAAAGACAGAUUUGAAAAGAAUCCUAUCUCUUAACAAAUCGGGGGAAAAAGUCAAAAUCGCUACCUAAUGUUUUAGUAGUACAGUGUAUGAAUACUCAAAGCGUUCUCAUACAUUCCAGAUCUGAUUAUACUGAGAUACAAAUAAAUUUUGACUAGUUAAUUAUUAGCAAGUAAGGUGCUUCCAAUCGUUAUUUAGAGAUUAUUUGUAGAUACUUGUUACUUCUAUUAAUACAUGGUUGGUCCUGUCAAGGCGAGCUGCUAUCCCUUUCACAAUGUAAGAUAAAAGCAUGCCAGUGCAAAUGUAAAAACUAAAAUAAUCAAUAAAUGGGUGAAUAAACAAUACUACAAAAAAUGUACUACAACUAGCCCUUGUUUACUUUGUUAUUGUUAUUUUAUAUACCACCUGUUUCUCUGUCCUUCAGUGUAAAGGCGACUGCAGCUGUCAUGGCUCUAUUGCCUGGCCUUUGACUGGUUGAUUUUAUUACAAAUAACCGUCCAAAAUGAGAUGAAAACCUUUGUUUGAAAACUAUAGAUGUGCAAAAGGUUUACUGUUUAUUUGAAUCCACCGACAGUUUAUUUGUCUUGUGAGCAUGUGAUAAACAAGUUUAUUGAAUCCAAUUUUUCUAGAUUCUUACAUAUGAAUAUUUUUUUUUUCUUUUUUUCGUUUUUGUGUGCAUGAAAAUUUAAAAUAUUUCAAAAGAAAAAUGCUGUUCUCCUUUUCUUGCACGACAUACAUAGAACCUUUACAUUGAAUUGUAGAUACCGCGAUCAAAUUAAUAAAGCUACAGUUCCUUUUCA